AUGAAUGGGAUAUUGAGUAGACAUAUUAAACCAUAUUCAUUACUUUCCCAUCAUUUGUACGCAAAAGUGUAUACUGGACCAAUCUGUAGAUUAAUAAAAUAUCGUCAACCUCAGAACGUAUCGUUUAGAAGAAUGCAAUCCACAAAGAGAGUCAAGCUCAGUCCUAGUCCUGAUGUAGAAAAUUUAAAAGUGACAGACUCUGCAGAACCAGAGCUGGUUCAAGAAAUACCUGAAUCAACGAAAGAGAGUGCCAAAAAGGAAUCUGAAGUAGCAGAUGCUGGUACAGAAAGCGUUUGGAAGCCAUUGGUGUGGGUCGAUUGUGAAAUGACAGGCUUGAAUGUAUACGAAGAUAAUAUCAUUGAAAUCUGUUGUUUGAUCACUGACGGUAAUUUAAACUUAAUAGAUGAUGAGGGCUAUGAAUCAACUAUAUACGUUCCAAAGGAAAAAUUAGAUGCUAUGGAUGAAUGGUGCUUAGAGCACCAUGGGAGCUCGGGCCUAAUAGAUAAAGUGUUAGCCAACAAAGAAAAAACUAUUGAGGUUGUACAAGAAGAACUCCUACAGUACUUGACCAAAUUCAUGGACCCAAAGAAGGGAAUCCUUGCAGGAAACACAGUUCACAUGGAUAGAUUUUUCAUGAAUAGAGAAAUGCCAAAAGUUGUUGAAUUUUUGCAUUAUAGGAUAAUUGAUGUUUCUUCGGUUAUGGAGAUUGGAUUCAGACAUAACCCUAACCUUAUGAAAAAGUUCCCAAAGAAGAAAGGUGCUCAUACUGCACGGUCUGAUAUUUUGGAAAGUCUUAACCAGUUGAAAUGGUAUAGAGAUAACUACUUUGUUCAGCCGAUUGCAGAUGAGAGCUCACAAGAGGAAGCCCCCGUCGAGGCACCGAAUGAUUCAGAGAUUAAGGCAACAAUCGAAUUGUCUACAGUUGUAUAG